AUGAACACACGAACCCCUCUUGAAAGUCCUAGCUCAACGGUUGUCCUCUCCAUCUCAUUCAACGAUGAUUGCAGUUGCUUCGCCGUGGGCCUGAAUACGGGAUUCUGUAAAACAUGUGCUCGACGCACGACACGAGUCUUCAACGCCGGUGUAGGGCUGGUCCAGAUGAUGGGCAAAGCAAAUUACAUAGGUCUUGUCGGCGGCGGAAGGCAGCCUAAGUUCGCCGCAAACAAGGCAAGCCCUUGUCGCUUCUAUGCGGCGCUCGAGAUCAGCGCCCUGACUCCAGUACGGGGCGUCCAGCUGUCUAAGGAGCACAUUGUGGUCGUACUGCAGAACAGCGUGCGUGUCUACAAAUUUGCCAAGCCGCCCAACUUGCAGUCGGCCUACGAGACGGCCAACAAUCCGUGGGGGUUGUGUUGCCUCUCCCCGAAGAGGAUAGCCUUCCCCGGAAGAACGGUGGGACAUGUACAGCUAGUCGAGAUCGCAACGGGGAAUGUCAGUAUCAUUCCUGCGCACUCAUCCGCCAUCAAGGCGGUCCAGCUGAGCCCGGAUGGUGAGCUCCUCGCUACGGCGAGCGAGAAGGGGACCCUCAUCCGCGUUUUUGCGACAAGCAAUUGCGCCCGCCUGGUAGAGCUACGUCGCGGAAUCGACCCGGCAACCAUCUUCUCCCUAGCCUUCAACCCGUCGGGCACCAUGCUCGCCUGCACCUCGGACAAGUCCACUUUGCACGUGUUUGACGUCCCGCAUCCGAAACGGGCCUCUUGGCAGCAACAGCAGCAGGAGCAGCAGCAACUGCAAAAUGGCGGUGUCUCCGGUGCAACCAGCGGCUCGACGUCAGAGAGCAAUGGCGGCGACGGAGCGGGUAAAUGGGGUAUUCUCUCCAAGAUCCCCUUAAUGCCGCGCAUGUUUUCGGACGUCUACUCGUUCGCAUCGGCGCCGUUCGAGGUGGACGACGAGGAAACCACCAACGAGGGGAUGACCAGUGGAUUGCCCGUGUCGGAAACUACAACGUUGGGGACGUCAAAGCCCCCCAAGGGAGUGCUUGGGUGGGUGGGUGAGAACACGGUUCUAGUUGUGGGCGCGGGCAAGGACGCGCGCUGGGAGAAGUUCGGGAUCCAGGAGGGCGGGGAUGGGAAGCGGUACUGCGUCAGGGAAGGGUGGAAACGGUAUCUUGUUGGCGCGUGA